CUUUUGAGCUGCCCUCAAAGUUACAAUCACAGCAGCCAAGCAGAAGCUAAUACCACGGCAGCAAUGGCUGCUUUCCGCAGAGUGGCAGCACUGGCCGGCAAGCUCAACCUCUGGUCGGCGACAAGAAACGAGCUGGUCGGUGGGCAGACGGCCAAUGGAAGAAGGACCUGGAGGUGUCUGGCAGCCGGGGUUUGCGUUGCAACGGGUGGCGCCGUACUUUACUUCUACAACGGUUUAAUAAGCGGCGGAGGCAGGAAGAGGAUAAGGAGGCACAGCAUCAACGGUUUGCUCCCGUCCAUCCCGACUGUUGAAGCCAAAGAGAAGGCACGUCCAUUUGACUUUGAGGAUGGAGAUGUGUACAUGUCUUCCCAUGAACAUCGUUUCCGCUUGUUCAGCUCAGUGGAGUAUGAAGGACAGCUGUACAUGACCCCACAAAACUUCAUCGAGUCGGUUACCAUGAGUGAACCGAGAAGCAAGAGGCCCUGGAGGUCCCUGACAAAACAGGAGCUGGAGAAGAUCCUAUCAGACACUCCUCCCGUGUGGAGAGGAUCCUCCAAACUAUUUCGCAACCUGAGAGAACGAGGCAUCAUCUCAUACACCGAGUACCUGUUCCUGCUCUGCAUCUUGACAAAGCCUCAUGCUGGCUUUAAGAUUGCUUUCAAUAUGUUUGAUGCAGACGGCAACCAGAUGGUGGAUAAGAGGGAGUUCCUAGUGCUUCAGGAGAUCUUUAGGAAGAAAAACGAGAAGAAAGGAAGGAAAGGAGAUGCUGAGAAGUCCGCGCAGUUGAGUAUGCAGCUGUAUGGAUAUCAGGUUGCCCCCAUGAACAGCGUGCUAAAAAAAGACAGUCAGGAGUUUGUGGCGCGGAGUUACUGGGACGUUUUGAGGCGAAGCGCCAGUCAAGUCCUCUUUUCUGACCUGGCGGAGCGAGCAGAUGAUAGCAUCACAAUUGACACCACACUACUGGUCCAUUUCUUUGGGAAGAAGGGGAAGGCAGAGCUUACCUUUGAUGACUUCUACAGAUUUAUGGAUAACCUCCAGACAGAGGUGUUGGAAAUUGAGUUCCUGACUUACUCUAAAGGUAUGACGACUAUCAGUGAAGAAGACUUUGCCAAAAUCCUGCUGCGAUUCACAAACGUGGAAAACAUUAGUGCCUAUCUGGAAAAUGUCCGCCAGUGUAUACCUGAUGAAAAGGGAAUCACCUUUGAUGAGUUCAGAUCCUUCUUCCAGUUUCUCAACAACCUUGAAGACUUUGCCAUUGCCAUGCAGAUGUAUAACUUUGCUGCACGCUCCAUUGGACAAGAUGAGUUUGCCAGAGCGGUGUAUGUGGCCACAGGGCUCAAGCUGACACGUCACCUUGUAAACACCAUCUUCAAGAUCUUCGAUGUCGAUCACGAUGACCAGCUGUCCUACAAAGAGUUCAUUGGUAUCAUGAAGGACCGGCUGCACAGGGGAGCCAGGGUGAAGGGCAGACAGCACACCUCCUUCUCCAGAUGUGUUCGCUCUGAGGCCCGGAGACAGGUGCACCUGUUGUGGAGGAGGUACAAGGAGCCAUAGAGAGUGGACGAAAUCUGAUGGAGCUUCGACGUUAAUUAAUCAGGAGGAGCCAGUAUUUGUGGAGCAGUUCUCCUGUCGACCUUCAGACUGUACAUAUGUGAUUACUGCAAGCAUGACCGCACAAAGCCGACUGAUUCUCUCUGUGAUGAUAAUAAGUGUCAUUCUUUUUUUCUUUUUUUUUUGUUGCCCUGUUUCCAGUCAUCCAUCCAUCCAUUGAUCUGAUGUCAGUUAUCCUGGGUAUGAUUUACAUGUAGUUAAAUGUUGAUUUAUUACUAUAGAAAUUUAAUGUCUGUUCUAACGCGAUACCUCCACAAUGGUGGGAACUUUGUCAUUUUGUUUUUUAUAAUAAGGAGGAGAACUUUUGGUUAACACUGACACCCUGAAAUCUAUAAGCCCAAAAGUUGCUUUCUUUACUUUAAUUAUUGCAUUUAUUAAAACUUGUUUUGUUAGUUCUUAGCGCUACAGCACUGCAAUCUAUAGGAGCACAAGAAUCUUUAAAUGAGUUCUAGGGGAUUAAAGUAACAUCCAUAUAAAACUGAUAACAGUUAUACAAUAUGAAACCUGCAUGUUGCUGAAACUAUAUAAUUAAUUGAAUAUGUUGUGGAUCUGUAAUGUCCUCAACUCAUUUAUAUUAUGUUAAGCAGUAGUUCCAUCUAACCCCUUACUUUUUGUUGCACGAACAGUAUGACUCACACUACUGUUGCAGUUAGGAAUGCUUUAUUAUCUUAAUACUACAGCAGGUCUUGGUAUGAAAAAUGUAUUUCAAUAUUUUUUCAGGGUGAAUGUUUUUGCCUCUUUCGUGUUUCCUGGUUUCCUAGUAUUCAUAAGUAGAUGCACACAUAGGUGCCUUUGAUCCACCCCCCCCCCCCCCUUUUCCAAAGCAAUUCACGAGUUUUUGAGCUUUUAAUUUCAAAUACAAAACUUAUGCAUUGAUGACUACACGUUGUCUUAGCAUGACAUAUGUCUGAUAAUUGGAACAUCAAGUUGAAUUGUCUUAAUGUAUUAUAAAUUGUUCUGAUAUUUAAAACGAUCAUUUAAAUGUAACGAGUGCGUUUGUUUAAUUAAUUUCAUGCACGAAUAAACUAUUUUAAGAAAA